CCCCUGUCGUGGACUACAUAAAACUGACUUCCGAUGCAUGCUGCUGGGGAACAUGGCGGGUCCGUGGUCGAGGCAGUGCCGGAGGUGGAGUACAAACUGUACGACCGCGAGUUUGCUUGAAACCUUGUGGUACUUUAACGGCAGGUCGGUAUCCUCCUCCGCGUCCUCUCUGGGCCGGGCGUCCUGGAGCUCCGGGCCGGGAAACGAGGGGCAGCCACCAUCAACUACACAGAUACACUUUAAAACUCUAACCUACAAUUCUUCUCUAGUCAGACAAAAGUCACGGUUUCUGUAUCCUACGACGCAACAACAUUGCUGCUGCAGAACGACACAUAGUGAUGCAAAGCUGAAAGAUCCCUUUACGUUAGCCCAGAGGGACUUAACAAGUCUAUAUGAUGACAUCAAAAAGGAGCUGUUUGUGUCCAAAGAUGAGCUCAAGUUUCUAUGCGACUACUACUUCGACGGCAAAGGCAAAGCAAUCCGACCAAUGAUAGUUGUCCUCAUGGCCCGCGCCCUGAACAUUCACAGCAACAGAUCCGGAGAUUUGCUGCCGGGGCAGAGGGCCAUAGCUAUGAUCACUGAGAUGAUUCACACUGCCAGCCUGGUGCACGACGACGUCAUAGAUGGGUCGGAUAGGCGGAGAGGAAAGAGGACGAUCAAUGAAGUGUGGGGUGAAAAAAAGGCUAUCUUAGCUGGAGAUUUCAUCCUCUCAGCUGCCUCUAUGGCCUUGGCUCGUAUUGGUAACAUCACAGUGGUCAAAGUGUUGUCUCAGGUGAUAGAAGACCUGGUCAGAGGUGAAUUCAUGCAGCUGGGCUCCAAAGAGAACGAGAACGAAAGAUUCAAACACUACCUCGAGAAAACCUUCAAGAAGACAGCGAGUCUUAUUGCUAACAGCUGUAAAGCAGUAUCCAUUCUGGUGAACUCUGAUCCCGACAUUCAUGAAAUAGCCUACGAGUAUGGGAAAAACGUCGGCAUCGCAUUUCAGCUUGUGGAUGAUGUUUUGGACUUCACAUCAGGAGCCAAUAACCUGGGGAAGCCAUCAGCCGCCGAUCUGAAGCUGGGUUUAGCCACCGGACCGGUUUUGUUUGCUUGUCAACAGUUUCCUGAGCUUCAUGCAAUGAUCAUGAGACGCUUCAGCUCGAACGGGGAUGUAGAUCGAGCCUGGCAGUACGUCAUUCAGAGCGAUGGCGUGGAGCAGACCAGCUUCCUGGCCAAGCGCUACUGCCAAGAAGCCAUCAGACAGAUCAGCAUGCUCAGGCCGUCCCCGGAGAGAGACGCCCUCAUCAGGCUCACUGAGAUGGUGCUCACCAGAGACAAGUGAACCUCCACUGCUGGGGGCUUCUCUUCAGGCAGCUACCCGUGGAAAAGCAACUCACCCAGCCACUCAAGUGUCUGCACAGGCCGGGGUCAGACAAGAAACGUUGAGAGAAGCAAUGAGAGUUUGGUUUGGAAGGACCCCUGCUGCUGGUUUUAGUGCCAACUCUGAUUGAACAUGGCAGAAAGCUGGAUAGUCGGAAACAGAACGGCCUGCAGGGGUCUCUCUAAACUAAUGUUUCACGGCUUACUCAACCACUCCCAUAAAAAUGUACACGAGGGUGAGUCGCUUCAUAAUGCUAUGAUAAUGGUUGAUCUUCCAGUUCCUAAAAGGAAUCACAGUGAUGAUUUGGACAUGAAUUGCAAUGUUAAAUUAAGAAACGGCACUGAAAACGGCAACACAAACCUUCCUUGCGUACAGUACUGUAACCGUAACAACCUCGCAUGCCUCAAACUAGCCGACUGUGAGUAAAUACACUUUGUUACAUGCUAGACCUGAGCUGCGGCGGUGUUACAAUAUUUGUGUAAUUCCAAAUGUCAUCGGUGUGUCUGUUUGGAUCGGUUUUGAUGUCCUUGGUGAUUCGUCCACACCUCGAAGGCCAAACAGUCGUGUGUCUUUUAGACUUUGUGAAAUGUUAUGAGGAUACUUUUGUAAUGCAAAGUGCCCUGUAACAACCAAGGCCUUAACAUCUACAAUGACUGUGUGCUCAAUAAACCACCUGCUUGAUUUUA